UGUUGUGCUCUUGAUCUUACCUGUGUUCUCUGCAUGCAGGUGUUAACAUCAUGGCUGUGCUGAACCCCCUGAGAUCUGGACUGUUAGUAUUAUUUGUUAUUAAUGCUUUUAUUAGUGACUGUUUCUCCAAUGGACCUGUGGAGGAACAGAAUCCGCAGUUUUGGAACGCGAAAGGAAAAGAGGCUCUGGUAACGGCUCUGUCCCUGAAACACAACUUCCACCUCGCUAAAAACCUCAUCCUCUUCCUCGGAGAUGGCAUGGGCGUCAGCACUGUGACGGCCACGCGGAUUCUGAAAGGACAGCUGGAGGGAAAACCUGGGGAGGAGACGGUGCUGACCAUGGACACAUUCCCAAACCUGGCUUUAUCCAAGACCUAUAAUGUGAACAUGCAGAUGCCGGACAGCGCUGCCACUGCUACAGCGUAUCUGUGCGGGGUGAAGGCGACCUACGGCACGCUGGGACUGAGUGCGACCGCCAGACGAGGACAGUGCAGCACAGAGAAGAACAACGAGGUCCAUUCUGUCCUUCACAGAGCCAGAGCUGCAGGAAAGUCUGUGGGGAUUGUGACCACCACUCGUGUCCAGCACGCCUCCCCAGGUGGAAACUAUGCUCACACUAGUGAAAGGGACUGGUACAGUGACGCUGCCCAACCAGCUGAUGCUCUGGCUGGAGGCUGCAAAGACAUCGCCUACCAACUCGUCCACAACACCGACAUUAACGUGAUUUUGGGUGGGGGGAGGCAGUACAUGCUUCCUAAUAACAUCACUGACCCUGAAUACGCCAAACAAACAGGAGACAGAUUGGACAACACCAACCUCAUCGAUGAGUGGCUCAAAAACAAAAAGAAUGCUAAAUACGUGUGGAACAAAGCUCAGCUUGAUGCUGUGGAUGAGGACACUACAGAAUAUUUGAUGGGCCUGUUUGAGCCAAAAGACACUCGGUAUGAGUUGGAGAGAAAUGCAGAGACUGACCCCUCCCUGACGGAGAUGGUGGAGAAAGCCAUAAAGAUCCUCAGCAAAAACCCCAAAGGAUUCUAUCUCUUCGUAGAAGGUGGUAGAAUAGAUCACGGACAUCAUGCAAGUGAAGCUAAGAAGGCCCUAUAUGAGGCUGUGGAGUUCGACAGGGCCAUCGCCAGGGCCGGCGAGCUGACCAGCGAACGAGACACCAUGUCUGUGGUCACUGCUGACCACUCCCACGUCUUUUCAUUUGGCUCCAGCUCUCCGAGGGGCAACCCAGUGCUAGGACUUUCCACUAAGAUUGGAACAGAUAAGAAGUAUUUCACCACGGCUCUUUAUGGGAACGGUCCAGGAUUUGCGAUCGACUCCAACGGAACACGGCCAGAUAUUAAUAUUAAUAUUACAAGUGCUACUGGUUACACUCAGCAGUCCGCCGUUCCUCUCUCGUCUGAGACUCACGGUUCUGAGGACGUAGCUAUUUUCGCUAAGGGUCCGAUGUCCCACCUGUUCCACGGAGUGCAGGAGCAGAGCUACAUCGCCCACGCCAUGGCCUACGCCGCCUGCAUCGACCCCUACAUCGAGUGUAACCUGGAGCCAGCUCCUGAGCCCAACCACGCCGCACCCAUCCAGCUCAGCGCCGGGAUGCUGCUGCUCGCCCUGCUGACCUUUAUUAACCUUAUCUAACCCCAACCAACCAACCAACCAACCAACCAACCAAACAUCUUCAGUAUCAUAACAUCCAUCUAACCACACUCUAUCAACCACUGGACAUGGCAAUGGAACUAGUUUUCAGCACUGUAUCAACCAUGCAACACUCAUAAAUAGGAACCAGCUGGGAUAUCAUAUAGCAACAGAAUGACCACAACACUGAAAGACGUUAAAUCUCCAUAUCAUCAUCGGGGAAUGGCUACAUAUUUAAUCUGUAAAUGUACUGUACUCUUUUAGAAUUAAUUAUUUUUGGCCCUAAGGACAAAACAAAACAAAUCCCUUAAAUUUAAUUGUAAAUACUAAUAAAUAAAGUUUCAUGUAAUUAUUGAAA